AUGGGGAGCGUGGAUGAAGUCCUGAUAUCACCGCUGUUGACCAGUUCGCAACCUGUACUUCAACAUCAGGAGCGGUACCGUUGGCUUCGGCUAACUAAGGCACUGAAGACUGCUCUGUACGGUGUCGCGUCCAUCCUCGUCAUUUCGCUUUUGAUUCACGGGCCAAUUACUUCAGCAUGUUUCAGUCGCCUGGUGUCGUUAUCUAAGCCACGAACUAUUGAAGAACGGGUCAAGCGUAUUCUGACUUUUACUCCUCUAAUCGUGAGGGGUUCCUACAACAACCAUAUCCAUGAUGAGUCCUUCAACAAAGGCUUUGUCGACGGCGGUCUUGCUGGGCAUGUCGACAUACCCCGUCUGAGGACUGGGAUGAAUGGAGGUGCCUUUUGGAGUGUCUUUUGGCCGUGUCCUGCAAACGGGACAGACUUCUCUGACGAGAACUACGCUUCCAUUGUCCAAAACACCCUCCAGCAGAUUGAUGUCAUUACCCGUCUCACCCAGCUUCAUCACUCAACGUUCUCCCCCCCAACACUAUCCCUCCCAGCAUUCCUCCACAACUUCUAUCACCACCACCGCCUCAUCUCUCCACUGGGAAUCGAAGGCCUUCACCAGAUUGGCAACUCGGCCGCCACGUUGCGGCAAUUUCGCGCUUUAGGUGUGCGCUACGCGACCCUAACACACAACUGCCCGAACCGGUUCGCAGAUUCUGCGCUGAUCGGCAACCCCCCACGUAAGGCCGAGCCUAUCUGGGGUGGCGUGAGCCCGGCAGGCAAAAAGUUGAUACGGGAGAUGAACCGGAUCGGCAUGAUCGUGGACUUGGCACAUGUCAGCGUCGACACAAUGAAGGACGUACUGGGCGCCGGAAAGGAUGGAUGGGAAGGGAGCCUGGCACCGGUAAUCUUCAGCCAUUCGAGCGCGUAUGCAAUCUGUCCGCAUCCCCGAAAUGUGCCUGAUGAUGUGCUCGACCUUGUUAGGAAGAAGGGUGGUUUGGUGAUGAUCAACUUCAGUCCAGACUUUAUCUCGUGUGUGGAGGCGCCAAACAGAGACGAUGGGCUCCCAGAGUUCUAUCCUAAGAAUGCGACCUUGGCACAAGUGGUUAAGCAUGUAAAAUAUAUCGGAGAGCGAAUCGGGUGGGAUCAUGUUGGACUGGGCAGCGACUUUGACGGGAUCGAGAAUACCCCCGAGGGGUUAGAAGAUGUGUCCAAGUACCCCGAACUUGUGACCGAGUUACUGAGACAGGGGGUAACGGAUAAAGAUGUAGCGAAGGUGGUCGGCGGUAAUGCGCUUCGAGUUUGGAGGGAGGUCGAUGCCGUUGCUGAGAAGUUGCAACAGGCGGGGGAGCCUGUCUUAGAGGAUGAGUUGUCACGGCUAUGGUAG